CAGGCUCUCACUUCCCCAGCUGCUGACGUCAGCUGGCAGCCUGGGCUGUGCUCGCCGCUCCGCUCACAGCGCCGAGGAAAAAUGCUGCUCUCCGUUCCGCCAAGGGCAGGAAUCAACCCGUACAGCGGCUACAACAGCAGAAACAGCAAAAAGGCCUAUGUGUCCUCCGGCCACCAGAUGGCGCCCCCCAGUCCCAACAACAACAGUAGCAGCAACAGCAGCAGCGGGGGAGGGGAACAGCUGAGUAAAACAAACCUGUAUAUCCGCGGCCUCCACCCGGGGACCAUGGACCAAGACCUGGUCAAACUCUGCCAGCCGUAUGGCAAGAUUGUGUCAACCAAGGCCAUCUUGGAUAAAACCACCAACAAAUGUAAAGGUUAUGGCUUUGUAGACUUUGACAGUCCAGCAGCAGCACAGAAAGCUGUUACAGCUCUGAAGUCCAGCGGGGUCCAGGCUCAGAUGGCCAAACAACAGGAACAGGAUCCCACCAACCUUUACAUCUCCAACCUGCCCGUGUCUAUGGAUGAGCAGGAGCUGGAGAGCAUGCUCAAGUCCUUUGGCCAAGUCAUUUCCACACGUAUCCUGAGAGACGCCAUCGGGACCAGCCGCGGCGUUGGAUUUGCCAGGAUGGAGUCUACGGAGAAGUGUGAGGCCAUAAUUCAGCAUUUCAAUGGGAAGUUCAUCAAGACUCCUCCAGGAGUGCCUGUGCCCUCAGAGCCCAUAUUAUGUAAGUUUGCAGAUGGAGGUCAGAAGAAGAGGCAGAACCAGGGGAAGUACCUCCAGAACGGACGGCCCUGGGCUAGAGACGGAGACACGGGAGGAAUGGCGCUUGCGUAUGACCCUACAGCCUUACAAAAUGGAUUUUACUCCUCACCCUACAGUCUGGCUCCAAACCGAAUGAUCGCCCAGACAUCCCUCUCACCCUACAUGCAUUCUCCUGUGUCAUCCUACCAGGUGCACAGCCCAUCCUGGAUGCACCAUCAGUCAUACCUCAUGCAGCCAGCUGGUACAGUUCUUACCCCAACAAUGGAUCAUGCUAUGUCCAUUCAGCCCACGUCCAUGAUGGGACCUCUCGCCCAGCAGCUAAGCCACCUGUCAAUGGGCAGCACAGGCACAUAUAUUCCGACCAACACAACUAUGCAGGGGACCUACAUCCCGCAGUAUACCCCAGUGCCUCCCUCCAGUGUCCAAGUAGAGGAGAAUGGCGGUCAACAGCAACAGGUUGCCAUGGAGAAUCCCGUGGAACACACAAACUACUCAUACCAACACACCAAGUGAAGCUAAGCAGGGUGGGGCCGAGGGCACAACAUGAAUCCAACCAAACAGGAUUCAGCUGGAAGAGAUCUGUGCUCCAAGCCAUCACCAAGAACCUGGACUUGAACAUGGAUAACAAAAGGAACAUGUGUGUGCUUGUUUGCUAUGAGUGUGCGUGUGUGUGUGUGUGUGUCUGUGUGUUUGCUAUGAGUUUGUGUGUGUGUGUGUGUGUGUGUGUGUGUGUGUGUGUGUCUGUAUUUUUUUUUUUUUUUGAAAAAACACAACACUUACUUCAUUGAAGUUUUCUGCCGACAUCCUCAAGAGUUGAUCAACCAAAGGUGGGAAUCUUCUUCAUAUAAGCUUAGAUCUAUUUUGAUAACUGACAAAAGGAACAUAACAAGAAGUUUAAAGAAAAAAAAACACAGAAAAAAUACUUAAGAGAGGAGGAAAAGACACAGAGCAUUAUUUUUGUGCAAGUAAUAUAACAAAAUUCUUAUUUUUAGAAAAGCAUUCUGUAUGUUUCAGAGUGAUUCAAGGAAUAGUUGAAACACAAUGUGUCUUUUAUUUUUUUGUAAAAUAUGCAAACUUUUUAUUUCCUUAUGUCUGUUGUUGGACAUUCUACUUGCAGCAGCGGGGGGGGGGGGGGGGGACGACUAUUUGUACAGAUUGAAACUCUUACAAACACUUUUGCUGGUCUGGUGUGAUGAGUCAUCGGCAAACCGCGGGAGGCAAACCGUUUAAAGCUACUUCUUCCUUUAACUGCUGCAGAGAUUUCUAUUCAAGCACAGAUGAUAAAUAAACACUGUUUAUAGUUUAGACAAAUGUAUUCCUAAACACAAAUUUAAACCAUCCUUUCAUAAGUUAACAAAAGACAAUCAAUCAAUUCUAUAUAUAUUUGAAAUAUAGUUCUAUUUCUUAAGGUUUUUAGAUCAUGGAAACACAUUUAUAGAAAUAAAGUUAUUUAAUACUGUAGUCGCUUGAGACGAGACGACACAGACUUUACUGGUGAGCUCUAAUAUUUGGCUCCUAAACAUUACACUAAUGUGUGAUGGUUUGAUGAAUUUUAUUUCAAUUUAAAGUCAUCGCGCCAUCAACAGUCUCCAUGGAAAGACACCUGUUCAUUCAGUAGUCGUCCUGCUUUAUUGUGAUGUAGCUCCAUAUUACAUCCGAACCCGUGGGAAGUGGUUUUAAGCGGUUUUGUUGUGGCAAACCUUCAGGUGUCAUCCCAUUCAUCCUGUGUGGAAGGGAUGAAGUGAACAUGCUUAGACCCGAGUAGUUAAAGGAGAUUUACUGUAUUUUUCAACUGGGUUCUACAUUUAUAAACAAGGGUGUGUGAAUGAAUGAUAAUCAUAUAAACAUCUGGAAUCGCUCCAGUAGACUGCCUCCUGCCGGCAGAGGCUACAAUGUGAUCUUAUGGGGCAACUGUGACAGUCCAUGAAAUAUUCACUGUAAAUGUUUAUUUCACUGUUAAAAGACUUUGCUAAGAGUCUGGCAACAUUACACAUCUCCCUUACGGUUCCAUUGUAGCCACUGUCCCUGUGUCACAGGAGGUUGUGGCAUGUACCUUUCAUUUACACACCAACUUUUAAAAACUUAAGGCCCAGGUUGAAAAUUCUCGAUUCCCCUAUAAGAUUACUGAAACAUUUUGUGUAAAAAAGAACAAUGCAGUUACUAAAUUAUAGAGGAAAUCAAAUGGCAGACUAACAAGAUCCCUGAGAAUAAUUUGUCUGAAAGAUAAGGGAGUUGUAAGUCUUUAUUUUUUGUUUUCAAUGCUGCUGUUGUCACCUGAGUUUGAUUCUCUGUCAGAGAUUUAUUUUUAGUUUGUUUCAAUGUUUUCUGUUUUUAUUUUCUCGUCUGUCACUUGAAAACCUUUUGUGCUAAUUUGCCUUAAUUUUUUGAUGACUUUAUCUUUGAAGUAUAUACAAUUUUAGCCAUAGAUUUUAGCUUCUCCUAGAGAGUAGAUGUUAGCUUUUCUCAGCGUAGGGAACGAUGCUGUUUUCUCGUGCACAUCAGGUUUUUGUUUUACGCUUGAGUUUUCCGUUCCCAUCCUCGUGUCGUCUGUCCUGCUACUGUCAGGCCUGUUUGUAGAGAGCUGAACCAAACUACGACUUCAUGUCGCGCUGAUCCUCAAGACUCAUACCAAUGCUCCAUCAGCGUCUGUGGCUCUCAAAGGUUUCGUGCAAAACAAGCCCGGGUAUGUUUCCAUCGGCAUUUUGAGUGAAGCUCAUGUCACCACAUUCAGUACAUCCAAAUAUGUUGAACUUUAAUUUAUACAGACAUCAAAACUGUAGAUAUGUAGAUAAUAGAAAUAAUGGUUUUACCAAGGACUGCUCACUAGACCAUGGAAGUGCCAUUAAAGAUGAUUCUUACAGCCUUUAGUGAGACGGCGAGUAUAAAUGAAUUCGUGAGUGAUCCAAAAUUCUGCAAAAACUGUUUUUAGCUCAGCCUUAAUGUUGUUUCUCUGGAUCAACUGCCUGAUCUUUCAUAGGAUUGACACUAAGUUGUAUAUAGUAAGUGGAGACAGGCCUGUUUGAAUGCCACCGAGUCAUGUCAGUCGAGUUAGCUGUAGGACUUCAAGCUUUUUAAUUCCCGCUCUUCAACCGUUCAUGUGUGAAUCCACUGAAGAGACACAGUGUGAUCGCGUUUCUGACGCAGUUUGAUGAUUCUGUUUCUGUCUUUGUAUUGUGUUUUUUCACGUGUCAUCUUUUUGCUGUGUGUUUCUCUGUUGUUCACCUCUGCAACCAAAGAUGUUGUAGCCACACUUUCUUUAGCUCUCUUUUUUUAGCCACAGAUGAACCGCUCUCAUCCGCAGGCGACCAGCCUGUCGUCUGCCGCUGGAUCAAAUGCCUUCUUUCACUUCUGAUGGAUUCAGAAAGAGAAAGAUUGCAGAAAGAGUGUUUACAUGCACUCAAUACGACAUGUGGUGUUUUAUUAUUGUAUUGUUUUCACCAUGUGAGUCUUUGUGGGUUUGUCAUCAUGGUGGUCCUGGACACAUCCACUGUAGGGGCCAGCUGUGGCUCAGGAGAGAGAGCGGGUUGUCCACUAAUCAGCCGGUUGGUGGUUCGAUCUCUAGCUCCUUCAGUGUGUAACACUAAAAAGCACUAAUUAAAUCUAGUACGUUCCUGUUACUGUAGCAGGAACUACACUACAUUUACAUUUAGCUGACGCUACCAUCUAAGCCAUCACGGUGAAAACAAUGCCAGCCAUCCUGUGGCAGCUGAGGAUAAUUUAGUAAAAGUGACUGAGGACUCAUGUCGUGGAACUUCCCCCAGCGGCUGUGAUGGUACACAGUUCAUAUUAAGACAGCUGGAGCUUUUGUCUAAACUUUUUUGGGCUCCAACAUAUCAACAUCUUUCAAUUUUUUUUUCUGAAAUGAACAACUCAAUAAAUGAUCUGGUUCUGUUUACAUGUAUAAAUAGAAUCGUGAGUUGUCAAUGUUGCAGUGCAUGUAAACAGACUCACUAUGAACUUCUACAGAGCGCAGCUUUUAUCAGAUUCCUGACAACAGAGCUCAUUUUGUAAAUAGUCUUUUUUUUUUCUCUUGACACCAUUCUGUUUGAUUCUUCUUGUGUGUUCUCUUGAUUUUUUUUUUUUUAUCAUUUAAAAACCUGUCCAGAUAACAGUGACGAGCAAGUUUUCAGAUUCAGUGCACCAUGAAGGAAAAUGUCAUGGAUAUUGUUUAUAUGUUCAAAGAAAUUAUAUUCCAUGUAUUAGCCAUCACAUUUAAUACAAAAACAGGAUUUUGGAACUAUGAAAUGACCACUUGUUACAAUACAGUGUUUAUUUAUUUUAUGUUAUUUUUUUUACAAACUUACAAACAAAAGGAAACCGCGAUGCUUCAAAAAGAGUUAGCAUCAUGAAAAUGAACCUUAAGUUACAUGUAGAUUGUAGUUUUACUAUGAUCAGUGUACUGUAUAGACAGUACAAGAUAUUUGAAAAGGAAGAUUUCCUUGCACUUAUUAUUCUUGGUCCACACCAAUUUUAAAUGUUUUUUUUUUUUUUUUGUAGAUUUGACGGCUUAUUUCAUAGCUUCAAAAUGUUUUGCUGCUAAAACAGGAUUUCCAAGCAGGUGGUUGGAUGUUGCCAUGUCUGGAUUUUUAAAAUGUCUCCUUUCAUUUUGAUAGAGUUGAUACUAGUUGCCCCUUUUACUAUUUCACAUCUUCAUUAUACUGAUAGCUAGAAAUAGUUCACUGUUAUCAUGCUAUAGGGCAGUUGAAAAACGUGUUCUCUUGUUGCUCAACACUGUAUGAACCAGUUUUGUGUGAAUAACCGACGUUUCGAAAAUGCGACAGGCUCAUCCCACUUCCUGCUUGUGAACAGUUUUCUUAUUUAUACAAGAACUCAUUUUGUACAGUUUUGUUAGAGGAUAGAGGUUUUGAUAUUUGGUUAUUUGGCAAAGCCACUUAGCUUCUUUUGUCUUCCUGUGCCAGAGUUGCUAAAAUUGUCAGUAACUUGUGUUUUUUUAUUGAUUGAGAUAAGAUUUUCCUUCUUUGUUGGUUUUCUCUUUGAAUUUGAAUAUGUCUGUUUCAUUUCUUUCUUUUUUUUAAUAAAAGUCUUGUUUCAA